AUGACUGCAUUUCAAGUUGUCGCAUACAUGACUUGUUUGGCUGAGGAUAUUCUAAAUGAUUUGGUUUCUAGAAACUUGAUUCAAGUUGCCAAAAGGACAUACGAUGGAAGAAUUUCAAGUUGUCGCAUACAUGACUUGUUACAUAGUUUGUGCGUCGAAUUGGCCAAGGAAAGUAACUUCUUUCACACUGAACACAAUGCAUUCGGUGAUCCCGACAACAUUGCUAGGAUUCGAAGGAUUACAUUCUACUCUGAUAAUAUUGCCAUGAAUGAGUUCUUCCUUUUAAAUCCUAAGCCUACGAAGCUUCGUUCACUUUUCUGUUUCACAAAAGACCGUUUCAUAUUUUCUCAACUGGUUCAUCUUGACUUCAAAUUAUUGCAAGUGUUGGUUGUAGUCACGGCUCAAAAUGUUUAUGAGCGUCUUACUAUCCCAAACAAAAUUGGGAACAUGAGUUGCCUACGCUAUGUGCGAUUGGAGGGGGGAAUUAGAGGAAAAUUGCCAAAUAGUAUUGUCAAGCUCAAAUGUCUAGAGACCCUGGAUAUAAUUCAUAGCUAUAUCAAACUUCCUUUUGGUGUUUGGGAGUCUAAAAAAUUGAGACAUCUUUGUUACAGAGAAGAAUGUUACUGUGUCUUUUUUGGAAGUCCAUUUUGCCGAAUCAUGCCUCCUAAUAAUCUACAAACUUUGAUGUGGCUGGAUGAUAAAUUUUGUGAACCGAGAAUGUUGCACCGAUUGAUAAAUUUAAGAAAACUGGGUAUAUGGAGAGUAUCUGAUUCUACCAUUAAGAUAUUAUCAGCAUUGAGCCCUGUGCCUAAAGCGUUGGAGGUUCUAGAGCUCAGAUUUUUCAACAACACGAGUGAGCAAAUAAACUUGUCGUCCCAUCCAAAUAUUGUCAAGUUGGUUAUGUUUGGUUUCUCAGCAAUGCUCUUGAACAUUGAAGCAUUCCAUCCAAAUCUUGUCAAGCUUACUCUUGUCGGCUUGAUGGUAGACGGUAAUCUAUUGGCAGUGCUUAAGAAAUUGCCCAAAUUAAGGAUACUUGGAUUGCAUAGCUGCAAACAUGAUGCAGAAAAAAUGGAUCUCUGUGGUGAUGGUGAUAGCUUUCCGCAACUUGAAGUUCUGCAUAUUGAGGAUGCACGCGGGUUGUCUGAAAUAACGUGCAUGGAUAAUAUGAGUAUGCCUAAAUUGAAAAGGCUAUCACUUGUUAAAGGCCCAAUCAUUUCCCCAAUUAGUUCAAUAGCCAAAUUCAAAGAAAUUAAAGACAUCAGAUCCAAAUUUAAGAAUGACCCAAUCAGAUUGGGUGAAAUUUGUGCAAAAUCGAAGCAAUCUGAAAUUGUUGAGGGAAGUGACAAAGAUCAGUACAAUGCUAGUUCAAGUAAGAAGAGGAAAGGAAAAGCAAUUGUCUAUUAG